UUUAUCUACAAAGGAUAUUGAAACUACAUCUUCUUCCCCCAUCGUUCCUGAAAACAGGUUGGUGGUAAGUAACAGCUGAAAUUUAUUGAAGCAAAAAAAAAAAAGAGAGACUGAAUUUCAUGGCGUUUUUUUUAAUCUCGCACAUUAAUAGUCUGCCGAAUUUUUCUGGAAUUUCUGUUUCCAUUCUACAAUCGUAAUGUCAAUUUCCCCCACUUCAUUUCUACUUCAAUGAGAAUCUCAUCACACACAUUCCGCAUAGGGAAGGGAGCUGCGGGUUUGUGUUGAAUUUACAGUUAUAAUGAUGCUGAAGCAAAUGCUAGCUUGCGGCAAAGUGUAUAUAUCCGAAAGCAGAAACAAGGCAGCUCUGGAAGCCAUUGAGAUGGCAGCAAAGCUGAUUCCGGAGGCCGCCAUCAUCAACAAAUUUGAGGAUGCCACUUACAACAGAGUUGGAUACACUCUGGUGUCAGAAAUCGGGCCGGGCUCGGAUUCAUCUCCGUUGAGAAACGCGGUGUUUGAGAUGGUGAAGGCUGCAUUUGAGGCCAUUGAUCUUGGGUUGCACUGUGGGAGCCAUCCAAGGCUUGGUGUUGUAGACCACAUUUGUUUCCACCCAUUAAAUGGCUCAUCUUUGGACUGUGUUGCAGGAACUGCGAAGUCUCUGGCUGCAGAUGUUGGUGCAGGGCUGCAAGUCGCUACCUUCUUGUACGGAGCUGCACACGGUCAGGGGAGGUCGCUCGACACAAUCAGGAGGGAGCUCGGCUACUUCAAGCCGAAUGCAGAUGGAAAUCAGUGGGUAGGCAGCCUCCAAUCCGAAACUCUGCAGCUGAAACCCGAUGAGGGCCCUCCUCGUGCUGUUCCGAGGAAAGGGGUCGUUGUCGUUGGAGCCACACAGUGGGUCGACAACUACAAUGUCCCGAUAUUCUCGACUGACAUGGCUGCUGUUCGGAGAAUAGCAAAGAGAAUCAGUGGCAGAGGCGGCGGGCUUCCAUCCGUGCAGUCUAUGGCUCUUGCUCACGGUAAAGGUAUGAUCGAGGUGGCUUGCAACUUGUUGGAUACGAGUAAAGCUGGUGGCGAGGAUGUGCAGCGAGCAGUCGAGUGCCUCGCCCGGGAAGAAGGUAUGGACGUCGGAGAGGGAUACUAUACCGAUCUUUCGCAGAGCAAGAUCAUUGAGAGUUACUAUAAGCUGGGCUGAACUUUCUGCAUAGUAGUUUUGAAGAAGAAGAAGAAGAAACUAAGUCUCUUAUAUGAACCUUGCUAUAUUGCUUCCUUCUUGUGUAAUGAUUUUCCAUUUAUUUUCCUUUUAAAUUAUGAAUUUUGGUCGAAAUUGUAAUUACAAAACUACUUCUGAUAUAUAGAAGGGCCCAAAACUUGAAGAGCCCAUAUUAAGUA